ACAACAUACGCCACCUACCCGGCCCAGCUUAUCGUCAGCGAGCACGUCAGAGGCAUAGGAUCUCGCGUAUAUUCUGUGAUAGCUGCAUGGGGAAAUAUCUGGAGCGAAUGUUAUCGUUGAGUUACCUAACAGGUAUGUUAUCUCCGACUACCUAGUACCAGGUAGGUAACCUUGAUAGAUUUUCAAUGAUAUAUAUUUGUGAAUUAGCUCGAAUGUUGGCUUUGGGAAUACUCUGAGGUAUUAAAACUUCAUAUGACAUUAAAUCAUCUAAUUUUUGUCAGCACCAAUUGCAAUGUCGGGGGAUUUAACCAUCGCCAAGGAAGGCGUCGAACCAGCCUCUGUCGCAGUCGUAAACGACGAGAACGCUCCCUCCAAACCAGAUAAAGUCCCAUUCUUCCGAAGCACGCUAUUCCAGGUCCUCGUCGUGGGGAUAUGCUCCUUCUCGGCGCCGGGGAUAUGGAGCGCGAUGAACGGCCUGGGCGUGGGCGGGUCGCAGAGCCCGGACCUCGUCAACGCCGCGAACGCGCUGCUCUACGCCUUCAUGGCCGUGACGUGCUUCGGCGGGCCGUGGCUGACGAACGCCAUCGGGUUCCGCUGGACCUUGUCCGUCGGGACCCUCGGCUACCCGCUGUACGCGGCGGGGCUCUAUGUGAACAACAGAUGGGGCGUCGUGUGGCUCGUGUACGUCGGCGCCGUCGCGUGCGGCCUCAGCGCCGGGUUCCUGUGGAGCGUCGAGGGCGCGAUAUGCACGGGAUAUCCCGAGCAUCAUAAGCGAGGCCGCUAUCUCGCGACCUGGUUUACGUUCCGCAACUUCGGGAACGUCAUCGGGGGUGCGAUUUCGCUCGGCCUCAACGUCAAUGUUAACCGCCGCGGCCAGGUAGGGUACGAGACGUAUCUCGCGUUUAUCGCCAUCCAAUGCCUUGGCUGUCUAUUUGCUCUUCUCCUUUCUAACCCCGAGAAAGUCCAGCGAGAUGAUGGGACUCACAUCGAAGCGCUUAAAGGAAUUAGCUGGCGUAUGGAGCUCCGUGAGAUGUGGAGAUUAGCGAGGAGCAAGUCGAUUCUACUGUUGACCCCCCUGUUCUGGUACUUUGGUUGGAUCCAGGCAUAUCCGGGGACAUAUCUAGCAACAUACUUUACGGUUCGGUCAAGAGCCCUUGGUAGUUUCAUGUCUGCCAUAGUUGGUACGCUCGCCACUUGGCUUAGUGGUGUAUUGGUUGACAUACACUGGGCGAAGAAGAGACAGACUCGUGCUAUCACUACUUAUAUCCUGAUCGCAAUUCUUAACAGUGCAACGUGGAUCUGGGCAGUAUACAUCCAGAAUGAAUAUCGACAUACACUCCCAGUAUUAGACUGGGGUAAUCAAGCCGAAUUCGGCCGUGGCUUCGGAGUUUACAUGUUUGAACGCAUCAGCGCCGGCAUGGUUGAAAAUUACAUCUACUGGUGUAUUAGCAACUUGUCAGACUCACCCGGCGACCAGAUCAGAUAUAGUUCUUUGCUUCGAGGGAUCGAAACCGCCGGUGUCGCUGUAGGAUUCGGUAUCCAGGCUGUUCCAACAGCGCUUAUUGCUACGGCUAGCAUUAACCUCGGACUCUGGUUUAUUGCGUUGCCGUUCAGCUACUACGCCACGGUGCAGGUAGUUAAGAAGUUUAAUGAGUUGGAUAAGAAGCGCGAUGAAAACUAUGGAGUUGAGACAACACAGGCAUGACACUUUUUCGAGUGCAUAUAAGCGAGUA